CAGCUAGGUUCCAAGUCAGUGAAAGGAUUUCUCAAGCUUACCACUAUACAAGCAUUUGCUGAAACUUGCAUCUUCAGAUGGCAAUUUCUGUGACAGGGGAAAUAAUCCUCUGCGUCGGAUAUGCAGUCAUUUUUAUCGCGAACAUCGUGGGGAAUUCAUUCGUGUGCGCGGUCGUUGUUCAAAACAAGAAACUUUACAACUUUACAUCUAUUUUGAUAGUGAACAUGGCGAUCAGCGACCUGACGCUUGGUGUGUCUGGUAUGAUACAUAUCGUUUUAGAAAUUUUGUUUCUCAUGGCGGGGAGUAGCAAGAAAAGCCUAAUGUGCGGCAGACUUAACGUAGUGACCCUGUUUAGUGCGUCAGUGUCCAUCUACACCAUGUGCGUACUGGCAUUCGAUCGAUACUUAUCCAUUGUGAAACCAGUGCUGCGACGAACGACGCUAACAAAAGGAAAACUGAAAUUAAUUCUUCCAGCCAUUUGGAUUGUAUCGCUGGCAUUAUUCGCAUUGAGUUUGUACUUCAACGAACACCACGAAUUGGAGAACGAGAAAUAUAUCUGCUGGGAGACCUUACCGCUGAAGGGGCUACCACGAUCUUACCGAAUUACCAUUUUCGUCACCAUGUAUUUGAUACCCAUGUGUGUAAUUGUAUACUUUUUGGGAAAGGUCUUUGUUCAUCUCUGGUUUCACGAAAGAAAAAACCCUUCAACGAGCUUGGUACUUUUGAAGUCACGUCUACACUUAACACAGAUUCUUAGCAGUGUUAUCUUGCUGUUUAACAUUUGUUGGCUUCCGUGGUUCAUCUUAGAGCUGGGCUCUGGUUUCGGCAGUUCCUUGGUAUUAAGAUCGGGUCUGGCUUUACUGGCAGUGGCACAAUCGAGUUUAAACCCUUUUCUGUACUCGUUUCAGAGUCAGAACUUUCGACAGCACCUACGGAAAAUAGCAAAGAGAGGGAAAAGUAAUCCAGAAGUGAUUGGCAUGAGUGUAACAAAAAGAACUGGAAAGCUUUUUGGUUAAGUACAGUAAGACGAAAAUCAAGGUUUUCUUAAGUGACAGUCAGCCCGGAACGAAGGUAAAUAUGGCCAAAACAAACAAACAACCUGAAACGCUUUAGGAAACGUUUUGGGAAAUGCUUUGGCCUCAUUAGCUUAGAGGGUGGCAAAGAGUUUUUUCGACCAACAAUAUGCAUGAAACGGCAAAACCAGUGGAUCCUGGGUUAUUUAAUCUAAUUCGACAGCUCGUCAACCAUCUCAUAACUAACUGGCAAUUAUAGGUCUGUAAUGCAUACAAACAAGUGUUCCUGUUGUGCAAAAUGGACAACCGUGCUUCGACAAAUAUUUCCCAAUACGUUUUCUUGAGAAAGAAAGUCGAAGUUAAAACUUGAAAUAAGCAGGCAUACGAAAAACUACGGC